ACAGCAGAGAGAAACUGCCAAGGUUUUGAUGCAAAUCUUGCAUCUGUGCAUAAUAAAAUUGAACAAGAUUUACUCCUGAGUCUGUUGCCUUCUUCUUCCACACGUUGUUGGAUUGGUGCUCAUGAUGGUGAACAAGAAGGACAGUGGGUGUGGAGUGAUGGAACUCCGUAUGACUUUACCUACUGGGGCUCUGGAGAACCUAACAAUCUGGGUACUGAGAACUGCGGGGAGCUCAACUGGAGCUCUAACCGUUGGAAUGAUGCAACCUGUUCAACUUCACUGGGCUAUAUUUGUGCUAAAGACCUGUGAGAUCUACAGUCAUCCUGCUCCACAGUUACUUUUAUUUGUACUACAUU